UCCUCGGAUUGCCAGGUGUGGCGGUGGCGCGAACAGUCGGGCCGGCCGGGAACCAGCGAAGCCGUAUGGACCCAUCACCAGAGCGUGCUCACCCUCGCCGCCCCAACGCCUUCACCGCCACCACCGCCUCCACCGCCUCCCGAUCCUAUUCCAGAGGCAGCAUCCGACAGUCAAGCCAUGGCAUUGGUAAAGGCAACGCUCACCCUUCUCCUCCUCGCACUUGUGAGAGUCGAAGGAAGAGCCGUAAGUGAUAAUAAUCAGUCGCAAUAUUACAAUGGAGAGAGUAAGGAUUCAGCGAAACGAAAUGAUUCGUACGGGCCACCCAGUCAAGAAAUUGGAUUCCGUGAGUACAAGGUAAACCUCAGCUCCGUAUGGCUCCUCCCAGAAGAAGGCUACCCGGUUUUCUACAGAUAUUUCAGAGACAGAAUCACCUGGUAUGAGGCAGACGCUGUAUGCCAAUUCCACCACGGGCAACUUAUUACAGUUGAUUCCAGUAGCGAAUUUGAUGCCGCCAGAGCCUACCUUAAAGAGCUGGACGUGGUCAACUUCGUCUGGACUGGUUUGAAGAGAGCUUCUUCAAAACAGAAUUUCCUCUGGCCGGAGUCGAAGAGCAUGGAGAACCCCGAGGGCCACUGGGCUGUCGACGUGCCAAAGAUGGAUGAGCCGCUCUGUGCUGCGAUCGACCCGUCGAGCGACUUCAGGUGGCAGCCGCUGCCCUGCUCCGGCCCGACGGUCGCAGCCUUCAUCUGCCAAAUGCAAGUACCAAUUUGGGCUCAAAAAGAUGAUGGUUGCAUGCUCACGUCACUUCCCUCUCUGACAGUCACAUUUUUGCCCGAGCAAGGAGCUGUAGAAUUGAUAUCUGACUGCGGGCUUGAAGGAACCAGGCGAAUUGCAUGCAAAGGACAGGCAAACCACGAAGAAAUGAUCAAAAAGCUGUCCUGCGAAAGUACGACGGAAGCAUCCACCAGCAACACCUGGGAUGAUCAACAGCCCACAAGACACCGUAGAGAAAGUGAAGUCACUGGCUACACAUCAAGUCCAAAUACUACACAAGAUGUGACUAGCAGCAGUGAUGAUGCUACUUUUGCCAUAACAACAGAAGAAAUUUCUACAUUCCAUGAGACGACAAUAGAAGAGCCGAAUAAGAAUGCGACGACAUCUCCUACAGAGAGCACAGGUCAGCUCGAGGUCGCAGAGCAGAUAGUUUCAAAACCGUCAGACCCGCAAUUUAACAAGAGGGCGAAGCCAAUACCCCCUUCCUUGAAAGGGAAUUCUCCGUUUGCCGGCGAGACACAGUUUCCUGGGAUGGGAAAAAACAUUUCAGAUGAGACCGAAGCUCCACCAGAAUCGCAUGAAAUUCUCGGUGAGGGGGGACAGCCUACAAGAGGUUCCCCCGAGCCUGGAAUCGGAACAAACCCUUCCCUUGAAGUUUAUAAGAAAAACAUACAAGACUCUGGUGAAGACCACACUGAAGACUUCUCGACAGCAACAGAGACAGAAGUAGAAACCAUAACAUCAACAUUGCCAGUAUCAUCAACACCAAUACCAUCGCAUAAUGUAGAGACAACUUUGGAAGAGCAUUUGCCUACACCUGAUGCACUGUCGGAUGGCGAACUCCCUGAAAGACCCAACAGAGGAAGACUUCUAGUCCACCCACAACACCACUCGUUUUAUGCUUACUUUCUUAAUAGAGUCCUUGGUUGAGGUAUAGAUUGUUUUGUAUACCUUGAAAAGAGUGUUACUGUCUUUCCAAUUAGAAUCCCUUUUUGGGAAAAAUAAUCUAUCCUGAUUCGCUUUCACUGCACUCAGUUCGUUCUCAUCAAUGGUGCCAAAACUACAUGAAGUAUGUGUUAUCAACUGAGUUCUAAUUACAUAUGAGAAGAAGUAAAAAUUUUAUAUACUUUAAUUUUUUGCACAACUUCAUUUUAGUUUAAUUUCUUUUAAGAACUAUACAAUCUAUCCAUACAAAUAGAUUUCCAAGUUACCAAUAGUUUCAAAAGAAAUUUAAACAAAUCUGAUGUCUUCCAAGUCACUUAAAGCAUCUGCAAAACAAAUUUAAUUUCUUACUACUUUCUCUUGGCAUAAGGCUGGAAAGAAACGAUUAAAAAUCAAAAUUGGACUCCAACUGGCACUGCAUAGAAACAUUAAAAUAGAUUUUAGUUCCUAUAUUGUGCGAACUGGAUAAUUAUCUCACAAUAAUUCAUCACAAAGGAAUUAUUAAUUAUGUAUUUAAAAAAAAAAAUUGCACCGUCCUUUCUGACUACAGCUCCCGUCCUAAUUAUCUUUCCCAGAUUCACCGCUUGUCUGCCCCUCUUACAAAUAUUCUUUCAUUCUUUUAAAAGGCACUUGAAAAACUAAUGUAUUUUUCAGAGAAAAGAAAGAAGAAAAUUGAACCUGAAACUUGUUGCCAAAUUAGAAACUAUUUAUAAUUUAGAACAGUAGUUUUAUUUCAUAAAUAUUUGUGCACUGUUUUAGAAUCUCAGAAGUAAAGUCAUAAGUAAACUAAUUACAAAAGGCAAAUUUUACCAUAGCAAUCAUUGUGUUAAAAGAAUAUGAAUUCUUAUUGCAUAGGCUCACUUAGUAUCUAGUCGCUUAAGAAUAAACCAAAAAUAUUCGUAGAAAUUAUAUUUCAUUUCAAACAGUUGAGAAUGAAUCAAACCAAAUUGUUAAUCUAACCAACAAAAAAAUGUUUUAGCAUUUCAAAUAUGUAGAAUUUAUUAAAUAUCUUUAGCCUACUAUUAAUUAAAAAAUGAAUAAUUUUGAAAAGCUCAGCAAAUUUUAAUGUGAUAGUUGUGGCUUCGAAUAUUUAGUUAGAAACAAGAAUGUAAACAAGGUUUCGGGAUUUUCGAUGGUUGUAAUGUUGUACACUUUUAUAUGUGGAAAUAUAAAAUGAAUCUUUACCAAAAUUUGUACCAUUCU